CCGAGAGAGAGCAGAGGCAGGACAAAAUGGCGCCGCGAUUCAAACGCUGCGCGCUGCGUGCCGGCGGGGGGGCGGCGGGGGGGCGGUGUCCCGGCGGGGUUCACUGCGCCUGCGCCCGGAGUUGCAAGAUGGCGGACAGUGCGGAACUAAAGCAAAUGGUUAUGAGCCUUAGAGUUUCUGAACUGCAAGUACUUCUGGGUUACGCGGGGAGGAACAAGCACGGCCGAAAACACGAACUGCUCACAAAAGCACUGCAUUUGUUAAAGGCUGGCUGCAGUCCUGCCGUACAAAUGAAAAUCAAAGAACUCUAUAGGCGAAGGUUUCCUCAGAAAAUCAUGACACCUGCAGACUUAUCUAUCCCCAGCGUCCACUCGAGCUCUAUGCCAGCAGCUUUGUCUCCGUCUACCAUUCCACAGCUCAGCUACGAUGGCCAUCCUGCCACGUCACCAUUGCUCCCCGUUUCGCUUCUGGGACCUAAACAUGAACUGGAACUUCCCCAUCUUACGUCUGCACUCCACCCUGUCCAUCCUGACAUAAAACUUCAGAAAUUACCUUUUUAUGACUUGUUGGAUGAGCUGAUAAAACCUACCAGCCUAGCAUCAGAUAAUAGUCAGCGAUUUCGAGAAACCUGCUUUGCAUUUGCAUUGACGCCACAACAAGUGCAGCAAAUCAGCAGUUCAAUGGAUAUUUCUGGGACCAAAUGUGACUUCACAGUACAGGUCCAGCUAAGGUUUUGUUUAUCAGAAACCAGUUGUCCACAAGAAGAUCACUUCCCACCCAAUCUGUGUGUGAAAGUAAAUGGGAAACCAUGCAGCCUCCCAGGCUAUCUUCCACCAACCAAAAAUGGUGUUGAACCAAAGCGACCUAGCCGACCAAUCAACAUUACCUCACUUGUCAGAUUAUCUACGACGGUACCAAACACAAUCGUUGUUUCGUGGACUGCAGAAAUUGGAAGAAACUAUUCCAUGGCAGUCUAUCUCGUAAAGCAGCUGUCCUCGACAGUGUUACUGCAAAGGUUGCGAGCAAAAGGAAUACGGAACCCUGAUCAUUCUAGAGCGCUAAUUAAAGAGAAGCUGACUGCCGAUCCGGACAGUGAAAUAGCAACAACAAGCUUAAGAGUUUCUCUGCUUUGUCCACUUGGUAAAAUGCGACUAACUAUACCAUGUAGGGCCAUGACUUGUUCCCACCUGCAAUGUUUUGAUGCCACUCUAUAUAUUCAAAUGAAUGAAAAGAAACCAACCUGGGUUUGCCCUGUCUGUGACAAGAAGGCUCCCUAUGAACAUCUCAUUAUUGAUGGGUUGUUCAUGGAAAUCCUGAAGUAUUGUACAGACUGUGAUGAAAUUCAGUUUAAGGAGGAUGGAUCGUGGGCUCCUAUGAGGUCGAAGAAGGAAGUGCAGGAAGUAACUGCAUCUUACAACGGAGUUGAUGGGUGCAUAAGCUCUUCCUUGGAACAUCAGGUGUCUUCUCAUCAACAGUCAAAUAAAAACAAGAAAGUAGAAGUGAUUGAUUUAACCAUUGAUAGCUCAUCAGAUGAAGAGGACGAGGAGCCAUCUGCAAAGAGAAGCUGUCCUUCCAUCUCUCCAGCGUCACCGUUAAAUAAUAAGGGCAUUUUAAAUUUACCCCAUCAAGCAUCUCCUGUGUCAAGAACACCAAGCCUUCCUGCUGUUGACACCAGCUACAUCAAUACGUCACUUAUCCAAGACUACAGGCAUCCAUUCCAUAUGACACCCAUGCCUUACGACUUGCAAGGUUUAGAUUUCUUCCCUUUCCUGUCAGGAGACAAUCAGCAUUACAGCACAUCCCUUCUUGCCGCUGCAGCCGCGGCAGUUUCUGCAUCAGAUGAUCAAGAACUUUUACACUCUCGUUUUUUCCCAUACACUUCAUCUCAGAUGUUUCUCGAUCAGCUAAAUGCGGGAGGAAGCAGUUCUCUGCCAGCCACAAAUGGUAGCAAUAGUGGCAGUAACAGCAGUCUUGUUUCCUCCAACAGCCUGCGAGAGAAUCAUGGUCAUCCAGUUGCAAGUAGGAGCAGCACGGACACGGCGUCUAUCUUUGGUAUCAUACCAGACAUUAUUUCAUUGGACUGAUUUUUUUUUUGGUUGGGUUUUUUUUUCGGAGAAAACGAACUCGUCGGAGGAAAUCUUUGUGCUUGGUUUUACUUUAUGUUAGAAACAUAGACGAGUGGUUUUUUGUUUGUUUGGUUUUUUUUCCUUUUUUAGGGAAAAAAAAAUUUAUGUGUACAGAGAACAGAAGUAUAUUUUCAGUUUUACUUUUGUAUAUAAACCUAAGAUGGCCUCACUGGGAAAAAAAUAAGGAAAAAACAAAAAAAAAAUAACAAAAACAAGGCGCUUCAGUUCAUUUUUAUGGAUGUUGAAGAUUUUACACCUGUGCAUUUGUCAUAUGAGUUACUUUUUUCCCUCUGUAGUUUGGACACAAAUGGCAUUAUUUUCUUCACAGUAACAUAAACAGGAAAGGAGCUGAACUUCUGAAGUUCAGACUUGUGAGAGGGUUUUUUUUUCUCCUCUUGGAGGCAUUUACCUCUGGUGGAAUCCAGUUGCCCCAUCCCAUAUUUAGUGUGGAUUUUAUUAUGCUUAAAGCAGAAUAAACCCUACGCAAACUAUUCCUCUGCUUGCAGGACAUAGUCUUUCAGGAGUGGGUUUGGUUUUUUGGGGUUUUUUUUUUUGGUCAUUUCUGGUUCUACAUGAGCCUCUAUUCAGAUGAUUUUUUUUUAAACUCCAUGCUUUCAUCAAGCAUGUUGCAGGCUCGUUAGUGUACCAAUUAUUCUUGAGGGCCAGACUCAAUAAAAUCUCAGGCUGAGGAUUUACUUGGCUGUGCUUCUGUGGGACAAGACAGAGAAAUUUUAUAGAAUCUAGCCCCAAAUACAAGCAUUGAUGCAUUGGACUGUAGGCUGUUGUUUCUACGAACUUACUAUGAAAUCCUUUUAAAGUAAUGUAAGAUCCUAAUCAGCAAAUUAUUAAGCAUGUGUCAGUUUUAACUUUGUGGAACUGCUUGUGCUUUCAAGUCAGCCAUGCGUGUAUAAACGGCCUGUUGAACUGAGGCCUAUCUCAUUCUGUCUGGAGAAACCUCCUUUUAGCCGCAGUAGAUCAAAUUUCUGCUUAAAAGUGAACUUGUCAACAAAAAGUAGAAAAUACAAAUUCCAACACACACUAUUGCAUGGUUUGUGCAGCUGAUAAUGGUCUUGGUACAAUGUCUGCUGAGUUCACAUUCAUCAAAAUUAAUAUUAAAUGUUCAAUGUGAGUCUCUUAAACCAAAAACCAACCCAAUAAAAAAGCCUGAUCCUGUAGCCCAUACACUCAAACAUAUUCCUACCUACUGAAGUUUCUUGAGGUAGCGAGCUUUAAAGUCCAGUUUUCUCAUUUGGCCUUGUAAUAAUUUUCAUUUCCCCGAUGUUUCAGUACGCUUAUGUUGAACGUUGAGCCAUACUUCCUGGUUUCUUUUCUCCCUCCUUUUUUUUUCUUUCUUUUUUCUUUUUUUUAAGUGGUGCAUGACAUAGGAAAAUGUUGUUUUAGAACUGGUGGGUCACUUGGGCUGAUCCGUUCUUACUCAAGAGUGAAAUGUGUAAAUAGCCGGAAUGCAGUUUUUCAGGAGAUUCUUUAAAGUAAGAGAAGGGGGAGGGAAGGAAGUGAUUCUCUUGUGUCCCAAAGUCCAUGUCAGAGAGAGUAAAUAUUUCCUCUGAUGUGAAAAAUAUUUUUAUAACUGGUUGAAAGUGCAGGUAACAAGUUUAUCAGAAAGAGAGAGUAAGGAAUACUGAAAUUAGCAGAUUCUUGUCUGAAUUUUUAAUGUCCAAACCUGUUGAUCGCAGCUAGUUGCUUUGAGCAUUGACAAGGGCCACCUUUUGCCUAUGAAGUUGUCUCAAAAUCUUGCAUUGAUUAAAAAAGAAAAAAAAAAGGAAAAAAAAAAAAAAAGGAAAAAAGGAAAAAAAAAUCUUUAAUCCAAGUAGCAUUAGGUAUUGCUGUAUGAUCAGUCGUAUGGUGAUUUGAAAGGUUCACAUUAUGUGGCAUCAAAAUCGUUUUUAGUGUUUUUACAGCAUCCCUCUGCCACUAAAUAGUUGACUUGAAUUUUGAAAACAAAUGUUUGUGUUUAUAUGUAUAUGUGUGUGUAUAUAUGUAUUUAUAGAUCUGUGUGUGUGAGUUAAAAGUGAGUUAAAUAGUUUUUCCCAUGCAUGUGUAUUUCAUACAUAUCUGGCUGAUAUAUAUAUUUCACCAUACACCAAUUUUAUAAUUUAUUAAAUGUCAGUUAAUAAAUAAAAGGAUAGAAAA